AUGGUCGAGGCCGACGAACAACCCUCCAAGCGUCGCCGACGCAGUCGGCGCGCUCCCUCCGAUCGCAAAUUCGAAUGUACACACGAGGGUUGCGGGAAGAGUUAUUCGCGCGCCGAGCAUUUGUACCGCCACCAGUUGAACCAUACCCCGAAACAAAUCUUUCGAUGCGAUUUUCCUAAUUGCUAUCGCUCUUUCGUUCGUCAGGAUUUGUGUAUUCGCCAUCGCGAACGCCAUACCACCCGUGGCUCGCAGUUGCAGAAGCGCGAUAGCUUCGCUCAUGACAGUCUCGAUGAAUCCCCGCAUAAAUCUCUUAUCCCGGUUUCCUCGCCGUCGUCGCCUUCGAUGACAACCGCCGAGUACCCAUUCAUGACGGAUGCGCCUGCUACAAGUUCCAAAUCCCCUUCGAAUGCGACGAACAAUUUCUCCCUGCCUACUACCACCACUACCAUCGAUACAGCCGGCGUGCCUGUAUCCGGCUACACUGAUUUCUCCGUCAUCAGCCAACCAGACCCGAUGCUAGAAUUCGACUCCAUGUCUAAUGCGUACCCGAUUUUCGGCGGCGAGACGUAUAAUCGCUCCCCCUUUGCCAUGGCCGAUGACUUUGCGGCGUGGCUGUUUAGUGAACCGCUCGCGCCGUUGGGGUACGGGAUGAUGCCGUUUGUACAGAAUCAGUUCUACAUGAACGAGCCCUCGUAUAAUAAUUUUUGUACGGUGAUUCCACAGCACCCCAUGAGCGUGACUAGUAUUCUGGACUCGACCUCUUUGCCGGCGAUUAUCUCGGAGGAGAAGCGGCAGGAGUUGCUGCAUCUUAUGGCGACUAGGUUUAAUGAGGCGGCCUACUCGGCGGAAGGGAAGCGCAAGGAUGCGCUUAUGGAUGGGGAUUUGGAUAGUGAUCGGCACGUGUUGAGUCUGCGGAUGAUGCAGGCUUAUAUCGGGUCUUAUUGGUUCCAUUUCCAUACGCAAAUGCCUAUUCUGCAUCAGCCUACUUUUGCUGCGGAUCGGACGCCGAAUUUGUUGCUUCUCGCUGUGAUGGCUAUUGGGGCUGCUACGCUGGAUAAGGCGCAUGGUCAAGCUGCUACGGAGACUGCUGCUGAAUUGGCCAGUUUCAUUGCGUGGCAUUUGCGGUGGGAGAUCUUUAUGGAUGCUGAUUUCCGGCCACCGGCCCGGUUAUGGGUGUUCCAGGCUUUACUCUUGCUGGAGGUUUAUGAGAAAUCUUUCUCUACGAGGGCGUUGCAUGAACGGGCUCAUAUUCAUCAUGAUACGACGCUUACGCUUAUGCGUCGUGGGAGUUCGCUCAUCGGUCGGUCUUCUUUUGAUACACCCGAGUCUAAAGAAGAGGAUGAGUCGUGGACGCAUUGGAUUAAAGCGGAGGCAACGAGGCGUGUGGCUUUUGCGGCAUUCGUCCUUGACUCGACCCAUGCGACUAUGUUUGGACACUCGGCCAAGAUGGUCGCGCAUGAACUACGACUACCAUUACCCUGCGAUGAAGCAUUGUGGGCCGCCACGAGUGCCGCCGAGGUUGCCCGAGUCCAAUCCAGUCUGCAAUCACACGGCGUCCGACCGAUCAUGUUCCUCGACGGACUCAAGCGCACGCUAAACGGCCAACCCGUCCGGACGAAUACCUUUGGUCGGAUUAUCCUAAUGGCUGGACUUCUCAGCGUGAGCUGGCAUUUGAAUCAACGAGAUCUCCAAGUGAGCUCUCUCGGCGUGGGCCAAACCCUCGGGGGCCGGGAUAAAUGGCGAACAGCCCUGCUCCGCUCGUACGAUAACUGGCGACGCGACUUUGACGAAGCCCUCGGUUCCGUCACGACCACCGAGUCGGAAUCCCGCGACGUCCUACACGGCCUCGCACAUAUGGCCUCGCACGUGGACGUCGUGGAUCUCCAGAUCUUUGCUGGCGCCGGCCGCUUAAUGGGUCGAUCUAUUACGGCGCGCGAUUAUAGUACCGCGAGGGAAAAGACUGGUCGCUGGGCGACUAAAGCAUCUGCCCGGGACGCCACCUUUUACGCGCUCAAGUUUUUGAAGGCGUGUUUCUCGGAUCCGGCUGUGGAGUCUGGGUAUGUCGCGCGUGAUGAUUACCUGCUUAAUCGGCCGUGGGUAAUGUACUUUGCCGCGCUGGUGGUGUGGUGUUAUGGGUUCGCGUUGGAUGGGCCCUUGAGACCGCCGCCUACGUUGGCGACGCAUGCGGACCGUCGGCGGGAUAUGCAGGCUUUUCUGUUGAGGGUUGGAGGAGUUAGGGAGCCGAAUGAUUUGGAGGGGAUGAAAGGAAGGAAUGGGUGUUUGGGGAUGUUGAUGAUUUUGAGAGAUUCGUUUGCGAAUCCGAGAUGGGAGUUGCUUGGGGAGGCGGCGCGGCUGCUGGACAGUUGCAUUGCGAAGUUGCAGUCGUAG